AUGGCGAGGAACGCCGCCGCCGCCGCCGCCGCGAGGUUACUCGCCGACUCCCCAUCUCCCUUCCAUUCCAGUCACCACCACCACCGCCGCCGUGCCCUCCCAGUCCCCACAUCCCGCUCCAAGACCUCCUCCGCCAAGCCCGCUCCUCCAUCUCCUCGCACCGACACCACCGGCGAUCCAGCUGCAGCCAUUUCCACCGGGCCCCGCCCAUCUCUCUUCCAAGAAAUCUCCGGCCUCAUCGCCCCUGCCGCCGGCACGGUCAGCGACCCCCCAUUUCAAUCCCGAUUGAAUAGACAGUCGGGGAGGAGCGGCAACGAGGCCCCUGCACAAUGCACGGAAGGUGCUCGGCCAAAUGCUCCAGAGACUUUUGCCUUUCUCACCGGCAGAGCUCCUGACCAAGGGGUUCCCGAUGGCCCUUCUGACAGCCCGGGUGGCAACGCAAAAGGCUCUGCCCCAAGCCAGGAAGCAUCAUCUCACGAGGUGGUGGCAGGUGCGCUCGCCCAAGAUCCUGACAUUGACAGUGCCCAAGUGCAAAAGAUCACCGAGGUUUUACGGUCAGAGGUGCCCGGAUUGCCUUUCGAGGAGAGGCUGGGUUGCUUGGGGGUCGUGUACACGCCGAGGAUCGUCAACAUGGUGCUCAAGAGGUGCUUCAAGAAGCCGCACCUGGGGCUCAGGUUCCACUACUGGGUUAAGCAACUUCCAGGGUUCCACCACACUACAGAGACAUACAACACGACGCUGUUUAUUGCAGGCGAAGCGAGGAGUUUUGGGUUGAUGGAGGAGCUGAUGGGCGAGAUGGAUAAGGAGAUGUGCCCCAAGGAUAUCAAGACGUGGACAAUUAUCAUAGCCAGUUAUGGGAAGGCAAGGCAGGUUGGCAAGAUGCUGUCUGCAUUUCAUGCUAUGAAGAAAUCUCGUUCCGUGGCAGUAGACACUAGAGUCUAUAGGACGAUUCUUCGUGCUUUGUGCAACAAUGCAAGGCAUGAGCUUGCUCUUGAGUUCUACAAGGACAUGCCCGCCAACAUGGAUGUCGGAUCUGACAUUCUGCGGCUUCUGCUGUGCUUGCUGGCUGGAUCAAACAGUGCUGAAGCUGUCUUCAUUAUCAGAGAUGAUAUGAUUAAAAGCGCGAGGUAUCCAGAGGAGUAUUGCUACUUGGAAGCUCUACGGAGCUUCUGUGUCUCAGGAAAACUAGCAGAAGCUCAGAAAGUCUUUCAGCAGAUGAUGAACAAGUCCAUGGAUAGCUCAUCUGCUUUUGAAACCCUCUUGAGGGGGCUGUGCAAAAGCGGAAGGAUGGAUGAAGCUCUUAAGCUAACGGAGCAUAUGAAGAACAGAUCAUCUAUUAGCAGCAUGGCGUUUGGUUUUCUCAUCGAUGGCUACCUCAGGAAAGGAGAAUGUACAAAGGCACUUCAGUUGCUGCAGGGAAUGAGAGAGUAUGGUUGUAUUCCAUUGGCCUCCUCUUACACUCAGCUCAUGCAGCACCUCUUUGCAUCUGAUCAGUAUAAAGAAGCCUGUGAACUGUAUGAGGAGAUGCAGGAAGUUGGUGUUCAACCAGAUAUUGUAACAAUCACAGCAUUGAUAGCCGGGCAUAUUCGCAGUGGACAUAUUUCUGAAGCAUGGGAUAUUCUCAAAAAAAUGAGCGAGAACGGUCAAAGGCCCACAAUUAAAGCUUAUACAGUGUUCAUCCAUGAGCUCUGUAAGGCCUCCAAGCCCCUCGAGUCGUUGGAACUUCUGAAGGAAAUGUUGAAAUUUGACUUCAGGCCUUCUGAAGAAACUUUCUGCCGGAUUAUUUCUUCCUUGCGUGAGAAUAAUUAUCUGGAGGAAGCUAUUAAUGUUGAGAGAAUGCGGGCACCUUUUGAUAUUAAAAAGCCUAAAGGUGAGACGGAAAUCAGAUCAUUAGAGAAAACUGACACAGUUGAUGAGUUUCAGAAAUUAUCCGAGUGUGAACUGGAGGAGAAGAAAAUGAUAUUUGGGUCUGUUGUUCUUCCAUCUGAUAAAGACUCUGAGAUAUCGAGGUGCACACUUCGUGAUAACGAAAAUCACAUCGAACUAACAAAGGGCUACAGCGACGAAGAUGUUGAAAGGAUAUGCCAAAUUCUGUCAUCUUCUGACGACUGGAGCUCAAUGCAGCAGGCACUUGAGAUGAGAUCACUGCAUUUUACACCAAACCUUGUCAAUGCCAUCAUGAAGUGCUGCAAGAGAAAUGGCCAUGCUGCUUUGAAGUUUUUCUCUUGGGUAGGGAAACGACCCUCCUACAUGCACACAACAGAAACGUACAACACAGCUAUGAAACUCGCAGGCUCCGCGAAAGAUUUUAAGCACAUGAGGCACCUUUACAGAGAAAUGGCAUGGGCACAAUGUUCUCCAACAGUGGACACAUGGAAUGUCAUGAUUUGCCAGUACGGUAAUGCUGGUCUCACUGAAAUGGCCUUGAAGACAUUUUAUAAGAUGAAGCAAGAAGGCUUUCAGCCUUCCAAAAGUACAUACAGUCACCUGAUAAUGUAUCUCUGCCGCAGAAAAGGCCGAAAAAUAGGCGCUGCAAUCAAGAUCUUGAAGGAAAUGAUUCAUGCAGGUUAUAUGCCUGAUAAUGAUGCGCUUUGUACGUAUCUUUCAGCGUUAUGUGAGUGCGGGAUGUUGGCUGAUGCAAGAAGCUCAAUAGUAUCCCUAUGUGAACACGGAUUUACUACACCGAUUGGCUACUCCAUACUCCUUAGAUCAUUGUGCAGGUCUGAUAGAAAAGAGGAAGCUGUCAGUUUGUUUGAUGAUAUGGAGAGAUAUGGCUGCUCCAGAAAUGACUACAUGUAUGGAAGCUUCAUUCAUGCGUUACUGAGGUGGGAUCGCUUUGAAGACGCUGUAGCCAAAUUUGAAGAACUGAAGAAUGCAGGCAUAUGUCCAAGCACCCAUAUGUAUACCUCGUUCAUCAUUUACUUCUUUCAGAAAAGAGAUGUUGUCAAGGCAAUGGAUAUGUUCAAGGAGAUGGUAGACGAUGGAUGUGUGCCUUCAGUCGUCACAUACUCCGCGUUAAUACGCGGUUACAUGGAAGUAGGCAUGGUUUCAGAAGCCUGGGAUGUCUUACGGCACAUGAAACUGAAAGGACCAUCGCCAGACUUUGUGACCUACUCGAUGUUCAUAACGUACCUCUGCAAAGCUGGUAGAUCGGAGGAUGGGUUGCAGCUGAUUCAUGAUAUGCUGGAUGGUGGCAUCACCCCCAGCACAGUAAACUUCAGGACUGUUUUUCAUGGCCUGAAUAUGGAGGGCAAGCACAAGCUAGCCGACUCCGUCCUCCAGUCAAAAUGGCAUCUGCGGAGGCAAAGGAGCUUCUCAGAUUCUUCGUUUGUUUAA